UUACUAGGAAUUGAUUUUUGUCAUGUUGACAAGACAAUAACAACAUUAUCACGAUAUACUGCUGGCUCCGAUAUCUCGGGUUACUUAACUCUUAGACGUUCCAGCACGGGGCGACACACGCUUUGAAUCUUCUAAAAUGUGCGGAAAACUUAUAUGUUGGAUUUUUAUUUACUUUCUAAGUUUUGAAUUUUGUUUUGCGAACAAUCGGUACAUUUAUCUAAGUUCACGAUUAGAAGGCCAGGCAAUCACAAGUCACCUUAUAAAGAGCAUGCAAACGUACUCCGAGAUUGGUUGCUCUCGGAAUUGUUUAAACAACGAAGGCUGUAUGGCAAUUUCUUUCGGAUGCAGAAGUAUGGAGGCCAAUGGAUGGGGAAUCUGUGACCUUAUAUCAGAGGAUGGAGGGACACCCUACACUGUGGCCGUGGAUCCAGCGAUGUGUACAAUGGCUGUCGUUGACCGAUAUCCCGAGGGUCCUUGGUCAAACGUCAAUCAACCAACCAUUUCAUCAGUAACGACCGACGCCAUGACGUCGGUCAAUUUUCAACAAACAACUGCUUCGACGAUUAGGGUGGUGGACAUGAUUGAUCGCCUACAAAACAUGUGUUCUGCAUCCUCUCAGUCGGACUUCGCCGUCAUCACCACGGAGAUUAUUUAUUUCUAUGACGACAAGGCCUCCCUGACAUCCGGGUCAUGUAAAUCCGUGCACUAUUCUACAUUGUUUUCUGGGUAUAGCGAUCUUCCUGAUAUCACUCAUUGGAAAGCCGUCCUCACCAUGUCACAGAGUUACGUAGAUGUUUAUACAGACACCAAAGUUUUUCGCUGGGGAAUAACAUCUCAAAGUCUUCAUGUAAUGUCAGGUUAUCCUAAAUUUAGAGCUGCAUACCUGCGUGAUAUUAAAGGAAGUCCGGUAUCGUAUAUACCUACCGAUCCGGUAUGGGCUGUGCAUCGAGUGACUCUUGGUUCUUGGGACAUUUAUUUCUACGAAUCUAACAAUAAAAACUUCAAUUUAUACUCUAAUCAACCACCGGGCGAAUGGACUUUUGCCAAAUCCGACAAUACUAUCUUCAACCAGAAUGGCUGGGCCCUCAAUCCAUGGACAGAUCUUCCACCGAACACGGUGGCGCUGACGGCACAAGAUCACACAGGGAUUGACUUUGUGGGAAUCACAGGGAAUUUUGACGUCUUUUUUUACAAAGUCACGGACCAGUAUCAAAUGUUAACUGACCCCAUUGUCACGAUCCAUAAGCUUUCGUUUUAGUUGAAAUUUACAUCAACGCACUGUCUAUUUGUUGUUGACGUACAAAUUUAUGCGAGGACACGAGGUAUCUUUGAGUUAAUUGAGAAAAGCGAUAAUGUGGAGCCUCUGUUUUUGGAAUAGCUCAACGAUAUUUUGUUUACACCAGCGAGCUGUCAAUCAUGUAAUUGUUUUUAUCCCUUUGACUCAUGCAGUUGACCAAUUAUUUUAUUUGAAAUAUCUUAUGAAUUACCUUAUGGAUGCUAGAUAGUGAUUAUAAUUUAAUAAGUUGUUUAUAUUUGUCAAAAAAGAAUACCGGUAUAUAAACUUAAUUUUUUUUACUACUUUUCCUUGCUUGACCUUGUAUUUGUACAUUUGUAAUGAUCCUUGUUUUGUACCAAAUAUACAUCUUUUUCUGUGAGAAAAAAACCCAAACAAAGUACCUCAAAAAUCACUGCAAAACCUGUCAUAAAUUUACUAAUAAAUAAUCAUUUAUACAAUUAUCAAUAAUUAGACUUUUCUAGAUUACUACCAUCAAAGUAAAGACUUUCAAAGGACGUAAAUCCUUAACAACUGAAUUCAAUUCAUUAUCAUAUGUCAUAAAAAGAUUUAAAAGUUGAAAGAAUACACUUUUUAGACUUUGAUAAACCUACAUUCGGCGAUAAGAAAUCUACAUAUACAGCAACUGCGUAUGCGGAGUUAGCAAGGUUCCCACUGUUUUACCGCAGACCAUUCGCGUUAAUUAAAUAUUUGCUAAAAUUACUAAUUCCAACAACUGUAUUAUAACAAAUUGUUAUGACAAAUUGUUUGACGAUGUUGAGUAUCAUAAGAAAAUCAAUUCGGUGUCUGUGAAAACCAAUACCUACUAAGUUUCAAAAAUGUAUUUCUAAAAUCAGAUUGUUUUCGCAUACCCAUGCUGUUUAAACUGGUCGAUUCAAAUCAGAGAAGCUGUAUACUAGUAUAUUGUAUCAUUAAUUGAGUGGAAGAUGAAUUUCAUUUUAUCUUGAUAUGUCCUUUCUAUACUUUUUGUAAAAAUUUUAUUAAACCUUUUUUUUGGAUUAGACCUUCAAUGUUCAAAGUUGUGCAACCUUUAAUCUCAAAAAUUGUAAAAAUUAUGAAUAAUUUUGAAAGUAUAUAAAUAAUAGUUAAAAGACUAAAUUAUCGGUUACAAUAGUUUAAUUUUCUUGUCUAUUCUCCUGUUCCACUUGCUUAUUUCUGUGGAAUAUGUAUUGUAUAUAAAUAUGCGUACUGGUGGUCUUUAAAGCCUACAGUGAAUAUAGAAUGAAUGAAAAAUACUGAUAUAGCAAAAGCCACGUAACAUGUAAACAAAGUGGAAAUAACACAAGUAGUACCUUAAAAUAGGCCUCAGGGUGUAUGGAUUACAACCCGGGGUAAAUCCUCGUUCCUCCUUGAUAGACCUGGAUAACGAAUUUAUUUUCUACUUAAACCUACAUGUAUACAAAUCCGUUUCCCCAUUUCCAAUCGAGGGUGUAUUACACUUUAAAGAUAUAGUACCAUUUAUGUAUUUGGAUAUUAUGUACUCCUAAAACACGAGAUCUAUGAGCCGUGCAUAAAGAUUACAAUAACGAAGUCUAGUUUAUAUGAUACCAACAUCUUUCAUUUAUAAACAAUAAUGAGCAAUUUGGUUUUUUUUGUCUGUUUUCCGUGCCUGUUGAGACAAUGCAAUGUGAUAUCACGUUAUUUAUCGUGCAUAAAUAAACGACUACAACAUAUUUGAUUCAUGAAUUUCAUAUUUAAUGCCAAUGGGUAAGCGCUGUUCCUCACCAUGGCAUUUGGAGCUUAAGGUAACUCCGUACCUAUAAAAUCAUGGGUUUAAAGUUAAAAACUAAACUUUUUUUUAACUUAUUGGACUUGAAUUUCAUCAAAAAAUAAAUAAAAUAUAUAUGUAUCCAUACUAUUAAAGAUGUAAGUUAAUAAAAACCAAAGGCUGAAAUUAUCAUCUGAAAAUCACACUUUUUUUGUUUAAAAAUUAAAUAUAAGUGGAUGGAUACUUGUUUGUCUAUUUAAAUUUUA